AGAAAAUGUUUGUAAGGUGGAAGAGGACGGGUCUUUCAGUGACCAGCACCUGGAUAACCUGGAGAGGAGCUGCAGCCCGGACCAGGAGGAACCAGGGCAUCCACAGACUACAGAACCGGAGGAAAACUCCAGCGGUCAGGAGAUUAAGCAUGAGGACGUAGAGGUGGAUGUCUCAUUGGUUAAUGUCGCUGAUGUGAAAGUUGAAAAUGGUGAACCAGGACCAAACUGUGGCCAGCUGCUGUUGCACACUUCUCCUGAAGCUCAAAACAAAGAUGAGGAAGGGACUGAAAGUUUACGCUCAGACUCCAGUAAAACUGCAGAUCCGGAGCCAAUGAGACAACACGGUGAACACGAAGAUGCUGCUGUCCCAUCAGACAGCAACUGUAAAUCAAAGCUGACCAGGACCCACACGGGGAAGAAGGUAUUUACUUGCAACACUUGCAAGAAAGAGUUCAGUAGAAGUAGUAUUUUAAUAGAUCACAUGAAGAUCCACACUGGCGAAAGGCCGUACCUGUGCAACACCUGCGGCAAAAGCUUUACUAAAUUAUCGAAUCUUAAACGCCACAAAACCAGGCACACGGGCGAAAAGCCGUACCUGUGCAACACCUGUGGGAAAACCUUUACUGAUUCAUCAGCUCUUAAACGGCACAUAACUGUGCACACGGGCGAGAAGCCCUACAUCUGCAAAACAUGUGGAAAAAGUUACAAAGAACAUUCCAGCCUGCUGGUUCACUCAAGGAUCCACACCGGCGAAAGGCCGUACCUGUGCAACACCUGCGGGAAAACCUUUACUAAAUCAUCAGUUCUUAAACGGCACAUAACCACGCACACGGGCAAAGAGCGAUAUUUGUGCAAGGCGUUUAGCUGCAGAAUUGAUUUGCUGAGUCACAUGAAAAAUCACCCGGAGGAGAAGUCUGGUGACUCGUGACAAAUGAAGCUCAUGUUGUCGUCCUCCGGGGGCAGCUGUCCACUCCUGUCUGACCCACAGAAGAAGAACCUGCAGAAGUCCAACCACCACCUCCUGUGGCGGAUGAGCCUAAUCCCCUCCCCACAAGGGUUGCAGGUUCAACCCGGAUUUCUGCUUCUCCGUCAACUUGACGCAGAGGGAACGAUGUGGUUGUGUACUUUUUUUUUUAAAGUUCUGCAUUGAGUUUGUUUGAAUCCCUGUUCCUUCUUAAAAUCGUAUUAUUUGUUGCUGUUGGUAACUUGCCUUCUCCACGGUGCAAAUAAAGAGCUGUUAAUAUUUGCUGAAGUUUCUUUAAACGUGACAGUUUAUUUUGUUCAUCUACAAAGCCUCUCUCACACAUCCUCUUUCUUGUCUGUUUCUUCUUCACUCACAUUGGCCGGGUUUCCCAGAUCAGUUAAGUAGUUCUUAACAGCGAAAGACUUCUUUCAAACCUUCUUAAGGAGCCUGUGAAAGAAAAUCGCGUUUCCCAGAGUCGCUCUUAGCUUAAGUAUCUCUUUCAUUAAGAAGGAAAUGAAAGAUGCUGCUGACCCAGUCUUUACAACCAUCUUAGUGAACAAAGACUCACAGAUCCAGCCGCGUCAGGCAAAACAAUAUUACACCAAGCAAUGAGAUAUUAAAACAAUGCACCCCGCACAAGUUUUGAUCUAUUUUAUACUUUAGAUUUAUAUUGUUUAGCAUUUAUUGGUGACAGCAAAGGGGGGAAAAAAAAGAAAAAUAAGGAAUAACAAGUGUGUUCCUGUAUAUGCUUUAUGCAUUACGCACAAAUAAAACGAUCAUCAUGAAUAUCAUUUAUUUGAUGAUUUGGCUGCUAUACAGCAUGUUCUCGCUGCAAAUCAACCGCGUCACCGUGCGCGAAGCAGAACUGUUUUUAUG